AUGAAGGGCGGCAGCAAGUUCACGGAUGCUGUCGUAUCCUUCGAGUCGGCAUGGAUCUGCGCGGCCGAAGUCGAUGUCCAGCGCGAGGAGGAGGAGCGCGUGGAGGCGCUGGCCAAGCUACGCAAGCAGAGCGUCAAGGACAAGUACGAGCUGGCCAGCGCCGCCACUCGCCUGGACCAGGAGCUGAAGGAGCAGCAGCUGCAAUGGAAACGGAAGACGGAGAUGCGGCGGCUGCGGCAACUGCCAACCGAUGAGCGCGAGAUGGCGGCCAAGGUGGCUGAGGCCAAUAGCAACAAUAACAGGAAGAAGGGCAGCAUCUACGCGAUGGAGAACCUGCGGCUGGCCAUGCUGAUGAAAGAUACCAAGUUGCGCCAACGAGUGAAGAGGAAGAAAAUUCGCCCGCGCAUUGUCCAGGAUAUGCUGGCGCUGGAGCGACGCUACGCUGAGGGGGCUCGCCGACUGCAAAAGUGGUGGCGGGACCACUUGCACCGUCAAUUUUGGCGCGUGUACUUCCGACAGGUGAAAGCGGCAGUGCAGAUUCAACGCAUUGCGCGUGGGUUUUUGACAAGACGUUGGGUUCGCAUUUGGCACGCAAAUCGCACAAUCCGGGUGACGAGGUUGCAGACCCUCUUUCGUGGAUACUACAUUCGAUAUAAAGUAGUCUCGACGUGGAAACGAUGGGAAUACAUUAAUGCGGCCAAGAUUCAGUCUAUCAUCCGGAUGUACUUCGCGAAGAAGUUUUGUCGCCAUUAUAAGAGGGAGAUUGCGGCGCUGCAUAUUCAGUCAGCUUGGCGAGGGUUCGCCUCACGGAAGAGAUCAGAUAUACGUUGGCUAGAAGCGCGAGCUAUUAAUUUGCAGCGACUGGUUCGUGGUACUCUGGCUCGGAAAUUUACACGAAGGAGAGCAGCGCGCUUAGAAAGUGGCGCCAUUCAGAUCCAGCGUAUGUUCCGUGGGAUGAAAGCUCGAAUGGAGAUAAAUACGCUGUUACGUGAUAGGGAAACUCGCAACCGUCAAGAGUUCAUGGCAGUGCUGGAGGCUGAGGAAGAAUGGCAUCGCAUUCAACGUGACAAGUUGCAGGCACGGUUGAAUCGUAAGCAGCUACAGCAGCGCAUUGCUCAGCUUGAAUUCGACUACUUCACCCAGCACGAGCACAUUCACGAUAUGGAAAGCAUAUACCUUGACAUGCAGACGCAGCGUAUGCGGGUAUCCCCCCGUGCUAUCGAGCAUGGAUGGGUUGAAGAGAUGGAAGCCAAGAUGAAGCAACAGCGCGCUCUUAUUACCAAGCUGAAGCUUGAUACAGUGUUCGGCCUUGGGCUAGAAUUUAAGCGUAAAGAGAAAGAACUCAUCGAAUUUCAGCAGCGCAUAUAUGAGCUGGAGCAGAAGCGUCGACGGUUUGAAAUCUGGAGAAACGAAGAGUUCCUGGACUAUUGGGAGCGCGAGUGCAGAUUCCGGUACCAAGAAAAAUUAAUUCAGAGACGCCAGCAAAUUGCCGAAACGCGACGGAGGUGGCAAAUUCAGUUCUACAGGACAAACGGCAAACGUGACCAUCGUUGGCGAGGAAUCAAUUGGGCCCAGGAUGUACUGGAUGCGGCGAAAGAAAAGGAAGUGUUUUGCAUAGGUUCCACUGACAUUCUUGCUCUGGUGCAAGAUAAAUGGCGGCUCCGGAUGCAGGGAAUCGAGUCAACAGGGCAAAUUCUGGAUGACGAGGAAAAGGGACGCGAUACACGAGAUCAUAUCAGAGAUUUGACGGAUCAAGUCGCUCUCACUGCAGCUACAGCUCAGAUUGAACAGACCAAGGCGCUGUUUGAUCCAGUUUUUCGAGGUGUGGAUCGCUCUUUCGACAAAGUUCAAAAGCAACAGCGCGCACAUGAAAAACGGCUUCUAGUUACAAGACAUGAGCGAGAAAUCAAUGAAGCGAUCGAUGAUGGCCUGGACCACCAGCAGAGGAAACGGCAACUCAUUCUAGCAGCGAAGGUUCCGUGGCAUCUGCUCGAUCAACUGGAGGCUGAGCGGCGCAGACUUGCACGUGAGAAGGCGAUGUUCAAGCUGUGGGGCAAAAGCUAUUCUGACGAAUAG